AAAUUCACUUAAAACAGGUGGUGGAUUCUGAAUUAGGGUUUAUCUAUCUAUACAUAACAUUCAUACUCCACGCGGAGCUAGGGUUUAACCUUCCCCGCUGAUAUCUAAUACACAACUUGUAAUAGACUAUUCCGAUGGGAGUUCCGGCGUUUUACCGAUGGUUAGCCACCAAAUAUCCGAUGUGUAUUGUCAAUGCAAUCGAAGAACAGCCGGUUAAUAUCUCCGGUGUUAGUUUUCCCGUCGAUACAACCAAGCCUAAUCCCAACGGAAUUGAAUACGACAAUCUCUAUCUCGACAUGAAUAAUAUCAUUCAUCCCUGUUUUCAUCCCGAAUUCGGCACUUCUCCAAAAACUUUCAAUGAGGUGUUUCGGCGCAUUUUUGAAUACGUUGAUAGGCUUUUUUCGAUUGUUCGACCUCGAAAACUGCUAUUCUUGGCUAUAGAUGGUGUUGCUCCAAGAGCUAAAAUGAAUCAGCAACGAUCUAGACGUUUUAGAGCAGCCAAAGAUGCAGCAAAGGCAGCAGCCGAAGAAGACAGGUUGCGGGAGGAAUUUGAGAAGCAAGGCAGAAAGCUUCCUCCAAAAGAGGAAUCACAAGUUUUUGAUUCUAAUAUUAUCACUCCAGGGACCGAAUUUAUGGCUGUUUUGUCAACUGCUCUGCAGUACUAUGUCCACCUUAGGUUAAAUAAUGAUCCAGGGUGGAAAGCUAUCAAGGUUAUACUUUCUGAUGCAAAUGUUCCCGGUGAAGGGGAACACAAGAUUAUGUCUUAUAUUCGUCUUCAGAGGAAUCUUCCAGGAUUUAAUCCGAAUACAUGUCACUGCCUAUAUGGUUUGGAUGCUGAUCUAAUCAUGUUGGCUUUGGCUACCCAUGAAGUUCAUUUUUCUAUCCUCAGAGAAGUGUUGGACGAUCAAGCACAGAAGGACAAAUGUUUUAUCUGCGGUCAGUUGGGUCAUUUUGCAGCGGAUUGUGAUGGUAAGGCAAAAAGGAAGGCAGAGGAGUCUUAUGUAGUGCCUAAAAAGCCUUUCCUGUUUCUCAACAUCUGGACACUUCGGGAUUACUUGGAAUACGAGACUAAGAUCCUUGGUAGACAUAUCAAGAUAGACUUUGAGCGCAUUAUUGAUGAUUUCAUCCUCAUGUGCUUCUUUGUUGGCAAUGAUUUUUUACCGAAUAUGCCCACGCUAGAUAUACGUGAGGGUGCAAUCGAUCUGCUCUUGGCUGUGUACAAAAGAAAAUUUGAGGAUUUAGGGGGUUAUUUGACCGAUGGACAUAAGCUGGACCUUAGCAGGGUAGAGCGUUUCAUUCAGACUGUUGGAACAUACGAACAAAAAAUAUUUGAAAAACGGGCUCGGCUGCAUCAGAGGCUAGCUAAGAGAAUCAAGCGUGAUAAAGCUCAUGUUCAAACAGAUAAAGGAGAUGAUGCUGAUCCACCACUCCAACCUGACAUGGUACCAGUGGCUAGAUUUCAUGGUUCUGGCCUAACCUCGGGUGUUUCACCUGCACCAUAUGCUGAUAUGCCAGUACAUGAGCGUCCCACAAAAGCUGCACGUUUGUCGUCAGGGUCUUCAGUAGGUGUUGCUACUGUUGAAGGAGAGAGUAAUCCUAUGAAAGAAGCAUGUGACAAUAAAGAAGAAUUAGAAAUAAAGAUAAAGAGAAUACUCCGUGAAGGAUCUGAUGCUUUUAACUGUGAGAAUCCCCAGGAGGACAAGGUCAAACUGGGAGAGGCAGGUUGGAGAGAAAGGUAUUAUGACGAAAAGUUUUCUGCAAAAGGUCGGAAGCAACGUGAAAGUAUCCGAAAGAAUCUUGUAUUGAGUUACACCGAAGGUCUUUGCUGGGUAAUGAAUUAUUACUAUAAAGGGGUUUGUUCGUGGCAGUGGUUUUAUCCUUAUCAUUAUGCACCAUUUGCUUCUGAAAUGAGGGAACUGGCGAAGCUGAAUAUAAGCUUUGAACUAGGUACUCCAUUCAAACCCAUCAAUCAAUUGUUAGCGGUUCUUCCUGCUGCCAGUGCCCAUGCACUUCCUCGGGAGUAUCAGAACUUGAUGACUGAUCCAAAUUCUCCUAUUAUUGAUUUUUAUCCAGCUGAUUUUGAAGUGGAUUUGAACGGGAAGCGAUUUGAUUGGCAGGGUGUUGCCAAAUUAAGUUUUAUUGAUGAAACCCGUCUUCUGGCCGAGGUUGCAAAACUUGAGCAUACUUUAACGGAUGAAGAAGUUAAAAGAAACAGUACAAUGCAUGACAUGCUUUUUGUUGCAUCAUCUCAUCCUCUAUCGUCGUUCAUAUCUUCUAAUCAGUAUAAUUGCAAGCAGUUGACUGUUGAAGAGCGAAAUCAACUUAAAGUGCAACUUGAUCCGGAGAUUAGUGGUGGGAUGAAUGGUUAUAUCUCUCUUUGUGAUGGAUUGCCCUGCGUUCCUAUUUCAAAAUCGCCAGUUGAAGGAAUAGAUGAUAUUAUGAAUACUCAAGUGAUAUGUGCUAUUUAUAGACUUCCAGAUGAGCAUAGGCAUAUUACACACCCACCUGUUGGAGUCAAGCUACCACGAAAGACCGUCACAAUUGGGGACUUAAAAAAGGAACCUGUUUUGUGGCAUGAAGAUUCUGGAAAUAAUUCUCAGAAAAUAAAAAAGCAAUUGUUCAUCAAUAAACCUCUACUCUUGCAAAUUCCUAAAGGAGCUAUCUCUGGCCAGCAGCUUGCUGACGCUGCACGUACACUUGUACUGAAUUGUUUGCCUGUAAAGACGGCCGGAAUUGGUUGUGGAGAUCAAAACGCACACUUACCUCCUUGUUCUGCUUCAACUAUUCUAGAAUUUCCUGUGCACCAGAGCAAUGAACAUGUUCACGAACUGUGCAGAAUUGUGCCACCUUGUGAACCAGAUCUUCCUAAUAAUAGCUUGACCAGCAUUGUAAUUACUGCAUCCCCUCAGGCUAAAAGCUCUCCACAUACUGCUCGAAAAUAUAAAGAGCAGCAGCAGCAGAAGGGAAAGGGAAAGGAGGCUUGUGGCACUGAAGUGGGAAAGGAGGCUUGCAGCGCUGAAGUGAUUCCAGUCCCAAGUCAAAGCCAACUGGCCGGUCAGAAAUGUUAAAUUCCUAAAAUUUGUUUAAUUAUUUUACUUAGAUGUUAUUGUGCCAUGCUCCCCCUGUAAUACUGUGCUCAUUAGACUUAGACGAGGGCAUAGCCAGUUCACUGUAAGGGGAGGGGGCACAGGCGCACAGCCACUCAAAUGUAUUUAAGAAGGAUACGUUGGAUAGGAAGCAGACUUGUAUUUGCAGUUUUGCUGAUUCGAAUAUUUUUUUUUUUUUUUUUUUGAAAAUGAGAAUAAAUCUCAACGAGCAUCGGCAAUUCACCGUGACAA